CCGUUCGACAGGAGGAUGGAGGAGAUCGCCAAGAAGGUCCCGCUCUUCGAGCCGGGGGUGGGCGAGCCCGCCGCCACGGCCGGCCGCCCGCUGCCCAUCAACCUCGAGCUCUGGCUCCACCGCGCCAAGGUGCACACCAGGAAGUACGAGUUCGCCGAAGCCGAGAAGCUCCUCGACAAGUGCAUGCUGUAUUGGCCUGAAGACGGGCGCCCAUAUGUCGCGCUCGGGAAGCUAUACAGUAAGCAGUCGAGGUUCGACAAAGCUAGAGCGGCUUAUGAAAGGGGCUGCCAGGCGACACAAGGAGAGAAUCCAUACAUCUGGCAGUGCUGGGCAGUGUUAGAAAGCAAGGGUGGGAGUAUCCGAAGAGCACGGGAGCUAUUUGAUGCUGCUACUGUGGCCGAUGCAAAGCACAUCGCAGCUUGGCAUGGGUGGGCCAUUUUGGAAAUCAAGCAAGGAAACAUAAAAAAGGCUCGGAACCUGCUUGCGAAAGGUCUCAAGUAUUGUGGAGGAAAUGAGUACAUUUACCAAACUCUUGCCUUGCUUGAAGCUAGAGCAGAGCGCUUUGAACAAGCACGGACUUUGUUCCAACAAGCUACUCAAUGCAAUCCAAAAAGUUGUGCAAGCUGGCUAUCUUGGGCUCAGGUCGAAAUGCGUGUAGAGAACAAUGUGCUGGCAAGGAAGCUCUUUGAGAAAGCUGUCCAGGCUAGUCCUAAGAACAGAUUUUCGUGGCAUGUCUGGGCACUCUUUGAGGCCAAUCAAGGUAACAUUGACAAAGCAAGGAAGUUAUUUAAGAUUGGCCAUGCAGUGAACCCCAGGGACCCUGUAAUUCUUCAGUCGCUUGCACUGCUUGAAUAUAACUGCGCAUCUCCAAAUGUGGCCCGUGUAUUAUUUAGAAAAGCUUCCCAGAUUGAUCCAAGACAUCAGCCAGUUUGGAUAGCUUGGGGGUGGAUGGAGUGGAAAGAAGGAAAUGAGAGAACUGCAAGGUCACUCUAUCAAAGAGCCUUGUCAGUUAAUUCAACGAAUGAAUGUGCUGCUCGCUGUCUUCAGGCUUGGGGAGUCCUAGAACAGCGUGUUGGUAACUACACCGCUGCCAGAAGAUUGUUGCGGGCUUCGUUGAACAUAAAUUCUCAGAGCGAGGUGACAUGGCUGACAUGGGCGGCACUGGAGGAGGAACAGGGGGAUCCAGUUCGUGCUGAAGAAAUACGGGACCUUUAUUUUCAGCAGCGUAUCGAGGUGGUGGAUGAUGCCUCCUGGGUCAUGGGCUUCCUGGAUAUCAUCGAUCCUGCUCUUGACAGCGUGAAGAAGCUCCUAAACAUGGACCGACCUUCGGGGCCAGCGAGGCAAGGAAAUGCGACGAGCACGGCAGAGCAAGACGGCACCACCACGAUGACUCCUGCUGCAGCCGGAGAGCUCCCCGGAAGUUCCACACCUCAAGGUUCAAGUACAGCAAACCUCGACAGUAUCAGAUCAGCUGAAGGCUUAAGUACUUCCGACCUCGACGGCAUCGUCGACCCCCGUGCUCCAUACACUCGACAGCCGGAUAGCGAUCUCGACGUGGACGGCUUCAUCAGGAGGAGGCUGGGCCUCGAUCCGGCGGAGCUAGAUGCGGUGCUGGAGGGCUCUGAUCCUAGGGGAGUUGUUUCUCAGAGGAGGACGCGGGGGCUGACCAGGAAACCUCUCCCACUUCUCCCCGUCCCGUAAUUCUUUCUUCAGUUCAGUUCAGCAUGAGAAGUUGCCAUUUCCACCGUGCACAAUCGUCGAUUAUCACUAACAGGUAUCGUGACCUGAGAGAUAGUAGUAAGUAGGACGACGUACAUUUCUGUGUAUAUCUGUAAUAAGGAGAACGCCGGUGCUGCCAUUAGCAGUUACCUGCCCAUUGAUUGUUAGGUGUAUUAUUUGUCCGUGUAUGUAAUUCUAUCAGAGGCUUUGGGAAGCAGUGUAGUUGUGUACAGAAGCCUAGCAUCUCUGUUUCUAUAUGUUCUAUUGUUGCAGCAUUGACGCAUUGUAUACACAUUUUAAGCUAUUAUUAUUUACUUACUCUGAUCCA